AUGAUUGCUGUACACGUACAGAAAGGAGCGAGGACAAAGACGGAGAGGCAACUGAACAGAGACCUUCAAACGCAGACAUACUGCAGAGAACACUACACUGACCUGGCCACUAUUGACAACCAAGAGGACACAGAUGAGCUGAUUAAAACUGUUAAAGGAGAUGUUGAGCGUGUUUGGAUUGGACUGGAGAAGAGUGAGAAAAACGUCAGCAGUGACAGAUACAUAGUGAUUAAGGAGACCAAAACCUGGAGAGAAGCUCAGAGCUACUGCAGAGAACAUCAUACAGACCUGGCCAGUGUGAGGAACCAGACUGAGAAUCACAUGAUAUGGAGUUUGAUAAACGACAGCACUAGCGAUGCCCGGAUCGGCCUGUUCAUGGACUCAUGGAAAUGGUCAGAUCAGAGUAACUCCUCAUUCAGAAACUGGGCGUCUGGACAACCUGAUAAUAAUGAGGUUAUUGAGAAGUGUACUGUCAUGCAGGUAACCGGCGAUGAACUGGGACAAUGGCAUGAUUCGUCAUGUGGUGAUGAAAAGCCUUUUGUUUGCUAUGAAGACAAGCUGAUCCUGAUCAAUGAGACUCUGACCUGGAGUGAAGCUCUGAAUCACUGCAGAGAGCAUUAUGUGGACCUGGUCUCAGUUCACUCAGAGAAGAUCCAGAACAAGGUGAAAGCGGUGUCUGAAAAGGCCUCCACUGCUCAUGUGUGGCUGGGCUUACGUUACAGCUGCUCUCUGGGCUUCUGGUUUUGGGUGAGUGGAGAAUCUCCCUGCUACCAGAACUGGGCUCCAGGGAAUGGAACUGUGGUGGAGGAGUGUGUAAAUGAAGGAAGAACUGGAGCAGUUGAGACCAGAGUCAAACAAUGGAUCAGCCUUCCUGAGAAUACAAGACUGAACUUCAUCUGCAGCAACUAUGAAGAUGACUGA